UUGUUUUCGGACCUUCGAAGCCUUGCGGGUACAACCCUCAUGAAUUUACUUGCAGCUUUGUUUAUGGUACAGCUUCUGUUUAUUGUUGGUGUUGGUGGUGUUCAUGAUUCCGAGCUGUGUAUAUCACUGGGUUUGAGCCUUCAAUAUUUGAGGGUAUCAGUUGUAUGUUGGCUUGCGGCAAUGUGCCAUCAUUUAUACGCAACAGUCGCUUCAUUACCUAGCAGGGAUGAUCCACCAACAUAUCUUAAAUAUAGUUUAUUUGCCUGGGGUGCACCUUUAAUAACACUACUCGGUGCUAUUCAUAUACAACGACAAGAAAAAAAUGAUAUUUGGAACGUUAAGGAUUUGACACCCUUCAACUGCUGGUUUCUUGGAGCAAAAGCAACUGUUUACACUUACGGUUUGCCGAUUAUUGUACUUCUCCUUAUCUCCGGAUAUUAUCUCGUCAAGGCAGCAAUUGUUUCAAGAUAUACCUGCAGUAUGCAACUUGAAGUAAAACAACGUGAAAAAAUGAAAAGAAGACGAUCAUUGCAGUUGGUGUUGUUUUUGAAAAUAUGCAUGAUCAUUGGGCUAAUUGCUGGUUGUGGUAUUGCUGCUAGAGUCUGGAAAGUUCCUGUUUUUUGGGCAAUUUUUUGCACUGGUCAUUCACUCCAGGGACUUUGUGUUGCUGUAUCUGUUGCUUGCAAUUGUCACAUUGUCAAGGUUUAUUCUAGAAAGCAAAAACAAUCAAAACAACAGAUUGCAAAAUCAUCGAGUAUGCAACUUUUGGCACCACAACCAGAUCCAGUAUAGGAUAACAAUACAGCCAACAGAAUGCUGUUCCAAAUUUACUUGGAAAUAUUAAUAUCAAAAGCAGAUAAAUCAACAAAAAAAAAAUAGCAGCAACGUCUCAAAGAAUAAAAUAUUUUUACACAUAUUUGUUUGAAAAUAUUAACAGUCUUUUUUGUUUUCUCAGUGUUCGAUGAUCUGAACAUAAAAUAUAUAUAUUCCAAGUAGAUUUACGAUAUGAUAAAAUAGUGAUAAAAAAAAUAAUAAAAAUAGUAGUAGAUGUAAAUAAAAUUGAGAAACAUUGAGUCUACGGAUAGCUUUACAUAUCAAAAUGAAAAAAAAAAACAAAUAAAAUUGCUGCAUCAACAUUUUUUUCAUGCAAAGAAAAAAAAAAAAUAAAUCUGUGACCUAGGUUUUUUUAUGAUAAUUUUUUAGACAAUAUAUUUAGAAAAAUUAUAUAAUUUAAAUAAUUUUUCAAACUCAUCAUCAUCAAAUAAAUAUUUAAUUGUUAAAAUUAAUUAAAAAAAAAAAAAAAACUUCAAUGUACUUGUCAACUAUUAAAAGUAUUUUGAAAUUAA